UUGAAUACAUAAAAUUCUGUAAUUAUUUGUAACAAUUAAACAAAAUUGUUUCAAAAUCACCAUCAUAACAAGACAGCCCGCUGUAUAAACGGAGCAAGAUUUAUGCAUGAUACCCAAAAACAGGACCGAAAACUGAAUAUAACGGAUUUUACAUAAAUAUGCCACGAAAGAAGAAAUCCACUUCUCCCCAAAUACUUAACACUCCUCCCCUCAACACAGAUGUGAUUUCCGCCAUCUGUUCCUGGCUGCGUGUCCGAGACGUGAAAAACUGUCGCCUCGUCUCACACGACUGGAACAUCGCGGCCAAACCGGUCCUCAAACGUAAAAGUGUGAUUAACCUUCCCUGUUCCUUUCACCAAUCAGACGCCGUUCGAAAUGAGAGGUUUCAAAGAGAAAUGGCCUCCUUCGGACAGCUCCACCAUGUCCACAUUAAGCUCAGCAAGUGGUCCAGCCGUCCCAUCGUGAAGAGAACGAAUGAUAUUUGUCCAAGGGAUGCUCACUUUUUCACGAAAUACCUGUCCCCUCAAAAGCUCGGGAUAACUGGGAAAAUUUUUUCUGUCUUGAUUUCACAAUUUUUUGAACAGGUCCUCCUCAAUCCGUCCGCCAACUUGGUCCAAGUCGAGUUAGGUCUGCAUGUCGAUGACGAUUAUAUUAAGGGGGACGACCCCUUAAGAGAAUUUUGCACCGGGAAAGUGUUCCCCACAGUGAAGAGGCUGGACCUGCCAUUUUCCAGGGAAAAUUGGUCACUCGGGAAGGUUAAGGUGCCACAAAUUUUGGCCGCUUUUCCAAACGUUGAAGAACUCCGGGUUGAUUCGGACCUCCUGCCGGUUUUGUUUGUGAAGGGGGGUUCAUCCCCAAGAUUCUUGUCCAAAUUGUGGGUCACCGGUUGUAUGUCGGGCUCCAAGUGUUCUGCCAUCCUAAAUUUGACCCAGCCCCUUAAGCACCUCCACAUCGAGGAAGCCUGCGACCCUGACGAAUACGACUGGAAAACUGUUCGCGAUGUUGGCAUUUCCGCCUCAUUGUACGCCGUCCUCUUCAAACAUCGCCACACUCUGGAAUAUCUCGACCUCGGAAUGGCCAAACUGCGGGCCGGCUCGGAAACCUGGAAAUUCCCAAGUUUUCCUAACUUGAAGCGAUUAAACGUCAUGAAAGGUUUCUAUUCCCACGACGACCAUGGUGUUAGUUUCGAUUCGGAAAUUUUAAAUUAUUCAGAAACAUUUCCAAAGCUUGAGGAGUUGCAGUUCACCCCCUGGAAUGGAAAUUGGACGCCCUAUUUCCAGUCCUUCUUUCCCGAAAAGCUUCAAAUUUGCGUAAGCGUGACCCGACUCGACAUUUCGGAUGAGAAGGAACACGCCAAUUUUAUUGACAUGUUUAGAGAACGCCACCAGGGGAAAAUUAACUCCAGAUUUGCCCGAAUUUUAAAUUUGUUUCCAAAUGCGGACAACCUCUUUAUGCAGGAAUUGAAAGGUUAUUUGGUAAAGAAGGGACAUAUUGGUUUAGUGGAGAAUUCUUGCCUUUAAACUCAUCAAAGGGUAUGUAGCAAUAUUCAAAAUCCGAAAAUAAUUGAUACUUAUUGUUGCUCCAAAAUCAUGUUAAACAUGUAAAAUUUAUCAAAAGCUGUUAUUUAUAUUCUAAAAAUAUAUUUAGUU